ACCACUCUGGUUUCCGCUCCAAGAGAAGUCACUUCUGCCUUUUUAUAAUUUCACAAUGUGUGUAUGUGUAUUCAGGGUGAUGAUGUAAAAGAAUUAGUGAGAGCCAACUAACUCUUGAUCUGGGUGGGUACAAAAAGGAGAUGGGUACACAGGCACACACCACACAGUUGCUUAUAGAACCAAGGAAUUGGUGAAACAUUCCUGGGGUCCAGAAGCCAUCUAACAUAGAGAAGAAGGUCCCAAUGGCCAAUGAUAACAAGAACUCUAGGCAUUCAAGUCGAAGAAUCUAUGGCUCCAUCAACUCUCCAAACCCACCAGGGCUGUACCAAGAAAUUCCAAAGUCAACUUACUUAAAUGAGAAGAUCCUUAUUCCGGACACGAAACCAGGAAGAUUCAGCUUCCGAAAGCUGUGGGCCUUCACAGGACCAGGAUUCCUCAUGAGCAUAGCUUUUCUGGAUCCUGGAAAUAUAGAAUCUGACCUGCAAGCUGGAGCCGCAGCCGGAUUCAAACUGCUGUGGGUUCUAUUCUGGGCCACUGUUCUGGGCUUACUGUGUCAACGCCUGGCUGCCCGGCUUGGGGUGGUGACCGGCAAGGACCUGGCAGAGAUCUGCCAUCUGUAUUACCCCAAGGUGCCCCGGAUCCUGCUCUGGCUGGUCAUGGAAAUGGCAAUCAUUGGUUCGGACAUGCAGGAGGUCAUUGGCACAGCCAUCGCCUUCAGCCUGCUCUCUGCUAGGAGGAUUCCCCUCUGGGGUGGUGUGCUCAUCACCAUCGUUGAUACCCUGUUCUUCCUUUUCCUGGAUAAUUACGGGCUGAGGAAGUUGGAAGCCUUCUUUGGCUUCCUCAUCACCAUCAUGGCUCUGACCUUUGGCUUUGAGUACGUGGUAGCGAAGCCGGAUCAAGAGGCACUGCUCAAGGGACUCUUUCUGCCCUCCUGCUCAGGCUGCGGUCAGCCCGAGCUCCUGCAGGCAGUGGGCAUUGUGGGAGCCAUCAUCAUGCCCCACAACAUUUACUUACACUCUGCUCUGGUCAAGUCCAGAGGGAUUCGGCGUUCCCAAAGAGAGGAAGUCCAAGAAGCCAACAUGUACUUCCUGAUAGAGGCUUCCAUCGCCCUGUUCAUCUCCUUCCUCAUCAAUCUGUUUGUCAUGGCGGUCUUUGGCCAGGUCUUCUACCAACAAACCAACCAGACUGUGCAUGACGUGUGCGCCAACGGGAGUCUCCCUUUUUAUACCUCAUUUCUCAAGGACGACCAGCCAGUGACUGCAGACAUUUACCAGGGGGGCGUGAUUCUUGGCUGCUUCUUCGGUCCUGCUGUGCUCUACAUCUGGGCUGUGGGCAUCCUGGCAGCCGGCCAGAGCUCCACCAUGACGGGCACCUAUGCUGGGCAGUUUGUGAUGGAGGGCUUGCUGAAGCUCCGCUGGUCCCGUUUUGCCCGAGUUCUUUUUACCCGUUCCUGUGCCAUCCUCCCCACCAUCCUGGUGGCCAUCUUCAGGGAUGUUCAAGACCUGUCUGGUUUGAAUGACUUGCUGAAUGUGCUACAGAGCCUGCUGCUCCCCUUUGCUGUGCUUCCCAUCCUCACCUUCACCAGUAUGCCCGCCAUCAUGCAGGAGUUCACCAAUGGCUUACGUGGACCUGCUGUAUCGCCCAUGGGGCUGCUGUCCUGCUGCAUCCUUCUCACCAGCAUUUCCUCUAUGGACUCUCACAAGAGGAGGAGGGGAGUCCCGCCAGCUGAGACCCUGGGGCCUGGGGUGGGUAAGGGGGUGUCUCAUCGCCUGGGGAGGGCGGGAGUCCCUUCCGCCCAACUGUGCAAAACUCGGCCUGAGCCCCUUCACACAAGCUCAGGGUUAACCCGAGGGUCAAGCCCUACGAGCGGAACGGGACCGACUCCCGGGUCCUGGGACCUUCGCCCUUGAACUUCAGAACCACUGAGGGAAUGAGCGGAUGGGGGCGAGAAGGAAGUCUGGAUGAGGAAGAAAGGAGCGAAAACUAAGCAGGACUCCCUCAAACUCUCCCAUCCCCGGGCUUCUUAGACUCCUUGCCCACAUCCCGGAAGGGGGCUGGCACCCGGGGCGCCCCCUCUCCCCACCCGCCCCGUACCCAUUUUCCAGGCGGGAACACAGUUACUGCUCCCGCCCGGCCGGGAGCCCGUGCCUUCCGGGCCCGGCUCAUUUGUCAUCUCCCCGGGGAAGGCCAGACGUCCGCAACUCCCACGCCUCGCUCAUUAGAGGCGACCCACAAGUCCCUCACGGCUGCUCCCUCCAGGGGCCCGAAAGUCCCCAACUUGGGGCGUUCUCCAAGGAGCCACCGCGAGGUCAGCAGGGUCUCGGGGCGCUCUGAGCUCAGACCUGGGAGAGCGGGCGCCCCCACCUCUCAUUCUACAGAACGUGGGAGGUCCGGGGAAGCCCCAGGGACUGGUAGGGCUCCCCCUCCCUUCGCUACGCCCAGAGCCCGAGUGGCUCUUUACCGACGAUCCCUGAGCGGUUUCAAGGCUCCCCCAGCUCCCUCCUCCCUUUCUGCCUCCCGCCUCCACUCGCAGAAGUCGGGAAAACGGGCCAGGGGUGGGGAGAGGAAACGUGGCCUAGGGUUGCUGCCUUCCCGGGCCUGGGGCUUGCUGGAGAUUGGGGUGCAAAAGGAACUGGGGCGCCCGGACGGCCCGGCUCCCAAGAAUUCCCAAGUCCGGCUGUCCGGACCCGCUUCGGGGCUGGGGCGCUUGUUUUUGAGAAGAAUUUCCUCUUUCUUAAAAGGGCGAGUGCCCAGGUGGGGCCCGCGUUGGGAGAGACGGGGCGUGGUGUAAGGAGGGGAGGGGAAGGAAAGGGAGGAGAAGGGGAAGGAUGGGGGGGGGGCGGACCCACCCCAAAAGGCAGGGCGGUUAACACCCCCCUUCUCCCCCCUAGACUCGUUCUCUUAGUGUUCCUUUCCCCAAUAAACCGCUACCACACCUUC